AUGCCUGCUCCUCCACCCCCUCCGCCCCCCCCGCCUCCGCCUCCUCCAGGUAUGGGCUUUGGCGGUCCUCCACCACCCCCUCCACCCCCAGGAGGCGCUUUGCCAGCGGGCCCACCUAAAGGAGCAAUGAAAGGACGGGACGCCUUAUUGGGAGAUAUUACUAAAGGAGCAAGACUCAAGAAGGCUGUCACAAAUGAUCGCUCUGCGCCCCUAUUAGACAAGAAUUCUAGCGGAGGGGGGGGAGGACCUGUGGCAGGAGCACCACCGGUCCCGGGAAUGAGAGCACCUAGUGGGCUUGCACCCCCAGUUCCUAGUGGAAAUCGAGCACGAAGCAACAGUGACACCGGAGGAGAUGCUGCCAUACCCAGUGCACCGCAACUCGGUGGACUCUUCGCUGGGGGUAUCCCGAAGCUGAAAAAGACUCGAGGAGGAAUCGAUACGGGGGCUGAUGGAGCACAUUCCGACUCAGAAACAAGCAGACCAACACCACGACUUCCAGUCAACUCGGCACCUCGUCCGCCCUCCAUGCCCGCCCCCUCUAUCCCCAGCUUCAGACCUCCUCUUCCAGGAUCUACCGACUCGGCGCCAGCAUUACCCAGCCCGCUUGCCAAUCUCAAGAAGGCACCUCCAAAACCACUCUCGAAACCGUCAUCUAUCGCCAAUCUAGCUGCAGGAAAACCACCUCCUCCUCCACCUACAGCAAGAAAAGUCAGUAAUCUCGCACCACCUCCAGCACCUCCUCCGCCACCUCCACCAUCAACAUCGCCCCCAGGGAUUGUGCCUUCAGCGCCUCCACCUCCACCGCCGUCAUUCAGUCCAGCUCCGCCUCCUCCAGCAGCCAAUUCGGCUCCGCCUGCCCCUCCACCGCCGCCACCACCUCCCACGUCGAAUCCAAGUCCAGCGCCCUUUUCAGCUCCUCCACCACCUCCGAUGCCGCCUUCAUCAGCACCGAUGCCAAGAGCGGCAGCUCCUCCUCCGCCACAACCACCACCCGGACCACCGCCUCCUCCAAUGUCUCCUCCUUCGACGAAUGGCGCUGGAUCUCUAGCAAUGAAAGCUGCAACUACGGCUUUUGGGAGGCAGUCUUCUUAUUCGGCAGCUGAUGCUCCUCCUUCGCCUUCUUCACCCGCCUCUCCACCUGGAUCAAGGCGAAUAUCGCAGCUGCCUUCGAGAUCGACUCUGGACGCCAGUUCUUAUACCCUUAGUAAUGGCAAUGCAUUGGGCUCUCCUGGUCGAACUGGUACGUUCAAAGUUGAGGAUAGUAGGUGGAAGUUCCAGGAUGAAAGCCACUUACCACCACCGCGUCAAUUUACCGGCGUCUCAAAGAGAUAUCGAGCUGGAAGAGGAAGCAGCGUUCCAUUGGAUCUUGCGAGUCUGGGCUAG